AUGCACGACACCGCCCUCGUCAUCUUCACCGCGAUCGCUAUCGUCCUUUGCUUGCUGCCCAUUCCAAUGCAAUGGCGCGCUCGUAACACGGGAACAUUACUCAACAUCUUUUGGAACCUCAUCGGCAACCUGAUCUGGUUCCUAAAUGCCACCAUAUGGUGGGACAGGUUCGAUAAUCGGGCUCCGGUCUGGUGCGACUUCAGCGUCAAGCUGCAAGCUGGUCUAGCGCCUGGCCUCACAGCCGCUAGUCUGUGCAUCAACCGCCGUCUCGCAUCGAUCGCCAUGUCACGGGCGGUAUCCGCAACCCGGAACAAAAAGCGUAUCGAUCUCGCAAUCGAUCUAUCGCUCGGUCUCGGUCUGCCCCUCAUCCUCAUGGGGUUGUCGUACAUCGUGCAGAUGCACAGGUACGACGUCUUCGAGGGGUUCGGAUGCGAGAUCCCCGUCUACCCUUCAAUCCCGGCCAUCUUCAUCAUCUAUAUCGUUCCCAUUGUGCUAGGAAUCAUCUCGGCCAUCUACGGUGCGAUCGCUGUGGCAUUCUUCCUCUCCCGUCGACUGCAGUUCAGUACCCUCCUCAAAUCGUCGCAGAGCGGCCUCGAUACCAACCAGUACAUCCGACUGGUGUCCCUCGCCUCCCUAGACCUUUUCAUCAGUUUACCACUCAACAUCUUCUUCCUCGCUGUUGCAGCUCCCCUUGCCGCCGCCCGCCCUUGGCCCGGAUUCGAGGACGUCCACUACAACUGGCAUCGCGUAGACCUAUUCGGCGCCGCAACGCUGGAGCAAUACCCCUCCAGCAUAAUCAUCCGAAUGCUCACUCGGUGGAUCUGCCCGACAUUCGCCAUCGUAUUCUUCCUCUUCUUCGGUGUCUCGCGGGACGCCAUCGCCGAAUACGGCAGGUACUAUCAGUGGGUGAUCAGGCGGCUUCCUGGUAGAUCGAGUAAACAAGGAUCUGACCCCGCUUUCGUCCCGGCACUAGGUUCCGCCGUCGCCGAGCCUGUAGGCGCAGAAUGGGGAGUGAAGCGCUCUCAACGGGAUGAACCUGUCAGCGACGCCUUGUCUGCACAUGGCCAGUGGCAUCCGAAUAGCCGUAGCAUGACUGUUCUCGUAAAUGUGGAGAAGGAGACGGUCUGA